AUGCGGCUCCUUCGUGCCUUCGUUUUGGCUUUGACCGCCUCUACGCCGUAUGUUUUCAGUCAAGAACUGAAUACUGAGGCACCAAAAGCGAAACAUAAUUACCAGAGCGACGUCGCCCGCCUUCGUAAAAUUGUCAUCAACAGUUUGUACUCGCACAAGGAUAUCUUUAUUCGGGAACUGAUCUCCAACGCAAACGACGCGAUCGAGAAACUCCGGCUCACAUCACUCAAGGACAAGUCGAUAUGGGAUGGCUCGAACCCAUUGAACAUCACCCUCAAGCUUGUAAAACCAGAAGGCGACCAGCCUGGCCGUAUCAUCAUCUCGGACACUGGUAUUGGCAUGACCCCAGAGGAGUUGACAACCAACUUGGGUACGCUCGCAAAGUCUGGCACGUCUGACUUCCUUGCUCGCGCGGAGAACAGCGACGCGACUGGCACAGGGAAUCUCAUCGGUGCCUUCGGUCUCGGUUUCUACAGUAGUUUCCUGGUCGCGGAUCGAGUCUACGUCGCAUCCCUCCCUCCAGCCACAGCGCAAAACCCGAACCCCGUCCAACACGUCUUCAGCUCAUCUGCAGACGACAGCUCGUUCGAAAUCUACCCCGACCCACGUGGCAACACACUCGGAAGAGGCACUGAAAUUACUCUCGUUUUGAAGAACGAAGAUUUGGAAUACUUGGAUGCAGAUAGGCUGACUGACCUGAUUAACAAGCACUCUUCGUACUCGUCUGCAUUCCCCAUCUAUCUCUUCACUCAACGCACGGAAGAAGUUCCCGACGAGGAUGCCGUCCAGGACCUCCCACCCGCUGACGCAGCUGAAUCGACUCCAGCGGCAGAAGAGACCCCCGAGUCCAAGGAUGAGGACGAGGCCACCAUCGAGGAAGUCGCGGAAGAAAAGGCAGAAGAGAAAGCUCCGCCCAAGAUGAAGACUGUUGUAGUCGAUGAGUGGAAGCACUUGAAUGAGCAGCCACCCAUUUGGAUGCGUGAUCCCAAGGAUGUCAAAGAAGAGGAUUAUACCAACUUCUACAAGGCUUUCUUCAAGGAAGUUGAGAGCCCCUUGGCAUGGCACCACUUCUCUGGAGAUUCCGGAUCCGGUGUCUCCUUCCGUGCCAUUGUAUUUGUUCCUGGUUCCCUUGACGAGCAAUACUGGCAACAACCUUUGGCCAGCAAAUCCAAAGAUAUCAAACUCAUGGUCAAGCGCGUCUUCAUCACGUCCGACCUCGGCGAUGAAGGUUUACCCAAGUGGGCGAGCUGGGUUCGAGUCGUCGUUGAUGCGGAGGACCUCCCGUUGAAUGUCUCCCGCGAAACUCUUCAAUCCACGCGCUUCUUGAAGCAGGUCAAGCAAGUCAUCAUCAAGCACCUCAUCGGCAUCUUCAACAGACUGGCAGACGAAGAGCCUGCCAAGUUCGAGAGAUUCCAAAAGAAUUAUGGAUCUGUGUUGAAGUUGGGCGCUGUCGAGGAUACGAAGAACAGAGAGAAACUCGCUGCUCUCACUCGCUUCCACACCAACCACAAAGACAGCCUGUCGCUUGACCAGUACUUGGAGAACAAGAAGCAAGGCCAGAAGCAGAUCUUCUACCUCGCUGAGAUGGGCAGAGAAUUCGACGACCUCAAGAAGAGCGUUUUCAUCGAGAAACUUGAUGCUCGUGGAUACGAAGUCCUCCUUCUCAACGAGCCUCUGGAUGAGAUCUUGGUGCAGAACAUCCGUCAAUGGAAGCGAGUUCCCUUCCAGGAUGUCGCCAAAGCUGGCCUGAAAUUCGGUGACGAAGAGUCGCAGAAGGAUGAAAAAGCUGAGAUGGAGGCUGCGAAAGAGAAGUUCAAGCCGCUCCUGGAUUACUUGAAGAAAGAGGCUGGUGACAAGGUUCGGGAGGUUGUUAUCUCCAACAGACUUGUAACGAGUCCAUGCGCUAUUGUGGCUGAUCAACACGGUUACACCGCUAAUGUCGAACGCAUGAUGAGCGCUCAGAACGGCAAGAAGGAGACGGACAAAUUCAUGCUCCACGAGUACGCCAAGAAGCAGAAACUCCUGGAAAUCAACCCACGUUCACCACUGAUCGAGGGUCUCCUCCGUCGUGUCGAGCAGCUGCCCUCCGAAGAGGAGGAAAGGGACCUUGAAGCCGAGGACGAGCUCAAGGAGGUUACGUCUAUCCUUGUCGACGGCGCCCUCGUCCGAUCUGGCUUCGAGGUCCCCGACUCCAACUCAUUCUUCUCGCGUGUCGACCGAGUUCUGCGACGCUCCUUGGGCGUUUCGGAGACCGCCCCCACCGAUACGACAGUCAACCCCGCCCCACCCGUGGAUCCUGAGCUCCCUACUGAGGAAGAGAUGGCGCCCCCUCCAUUCAUUCCAGAGGACCCUGAGGAAGAUGACGGAAAGGCGAAGAUCAUCUUACCAGAUCACCUCAAAGACAAGGUCUCGAUUGAAAUGGAGGAAAUCGAUGAGGACGGAAACCCAGUUCCUCAACAUGAUGAACUAUAA